AAAAGCACCUCCACGACGAGCUCUCUCUACAGCUUCACCUCACAACCACUCGCAGGUUCAACUUGUCUUCCUCCAAAGAGCAGACUUCCAUCUCUCAUCAGAAUGGCCUACUGUGGACCUGCCUCUGCUGUCCCAUCCUGCGAAGCCGCUCCAGUCGUUGGCUUUGGAUCCGGAGGCUCCAGAGGCUUUGGCAGAAGCCUUGGUUCUGGCAUUGGCUUUGGUUCUAGCUCUGGCUUUGGUUCCGGCUAUGGCCUUGGGGGCAACAUUGCAGAUGCAGCCAGUCUGGGAGUGCUCUCCGGCGUGCAUCCAUCCUGCAUCAACCAGCUUCCCCCAGCAGAACUUGUGAUCGACCCAGCACCAUUUGCGAUCGUUGUCCCAGGUCCCAUCAUCUCUGCCACCCCUGAGCCUCUUCUCGUUGGAGGCCACACCCCAUGUGCUGUUAGUGGAGUUGGCAUCAGUGGAUUUGGUAGUGGAUUAGGUAGUGGAUUUGGUAGUGGAUUUGGUAGUGGAUUUGGUAGUGGAUUAGGUAGUGGAUACUAUGGUAGUCGUUAUGGGGGUCAUCUUGGGGGUCGCCGUGGAUCCCUGGUGAGGAAAGGCUCCAUCUGUUCAUAA